AUGGGAUAUAAUAGGAGAAAAUGGAAAAAAAAUAAUGACAUAAAUAAGCUUUGUGGAUACCAUUCAAAACAUGGGAGAGGAGGAUAUGGUUCUGUUCAUUAUAACUGGCAUCCAAAUGCCAAUGGCGCUGAUGGGCCCCUCCCCGCACAUACUCGCAAGCCAAACUCUUUCCCCAAUUCAGAAAAAGUAAAAACUUUUACUCAUGUGACAAUCCAUUCGCAGAGUUGUCAUGUAAUCGCUCCGGACGCGUUAGCAAUACUAAGGGGAAUACCCGCGGCAACUCACUAUGGCCAGAAAGAAGGAAUUAAAAGUUAUUUUUUAAGCGGCGCCUUGCGAUAG